CCCCACCUCCCCCCUCCCACCCUGUGGUCACAUGGGGGCACGGAUUAGAGUCUAAUCUGCCCAGUGCUCAGCACUGCAGUCUGGCUGUGGGGUGGGCUGUGUGGACUGAGCUAGUCUGGGGCCUGGGAGAAGGGCCUGGAGAGGGGUGCCCGCAGCCUCCCCCCAUGAGCUUGGGGCUGGGGGGGUCAUUGGAGGUCCAGCUGGCACUGGAGACCGUUAUCCAGGCACUGGAGAGCAGCGUCCUGGGGCCGGGUCAGGAGACCGGCCUGAGUGUGCAGGACCCGGCCCAGGACUGUCAGCCCGCCCACCUGCCUGCUGUCCUCAGGGAAAUCGUCACCCGAAACUUCUCCAAGCCUGAGAGCCCAGCCCUGCUGUCAGCCACAGAGAUGGCAUCAAUGCUGUCGCUGCAGGAGGAGAACCAGUUGCUGCAGCAGGAGUUGUCCCGCGUGGAGGACCUGCUGGCCCAGAGCCGUGCCGAGCGUGAUGAGCUGGCCAUCAAGUACAACGCGGUCAGCGAGAGGCUGGAGCAGGCUGUGCGGCUGGAGUCUGGGGAGCUGGAAACGCAGGAGCCCAGGGGGCUGGUACGGCAGAGCGUGGAGCUGCGGAGGCAGCUGCAGGAGGAGCAGGCCUCCUACCGGCGAAAGCUGCAGGCCUACCAGGAGGGCCAGCAGCGGCAAGCCCAGCUCGUGCAACGGCUGCAGGCCAAGAUUCUCCAGUACAAGAAGAAGGGCUCAGAGCUGGAGCAGCAGCUGUUGGAGAGAUCCACAGAGCUGGAGCAGCAGCGGCUGAGGGACACAGAGCACAGCAGAGACCUGGAGAGCGCCCUCACCCGCCUGGAGGAGGAGCAGCAGAGGAGCAGCAGCCUGGCCCAGGUGAACUCUAUGCUCCGAGAGCAGCUGGACCAGGCGAGCUCAGCCAAUCAGGCUCUGAGAGAGGACAUACGCAAGGUGACCAGUGACUGGUCACGCAGUCGCAAGGAGCUGGAGCAGCGGGAGGCGGCGUGGAGGCGUGAGGAGGAGUCCUUCAACGCCUACUUCAGCAACGAGCACAGCCGCCUGCUCCUCCUCUGGAGGCAGGUUGUGGGGGUCCGGCGGCUGGUCAACGAGGUGAAGAUGUCUACCGAGAGAGAUCUGCUGCAGUUGGGAGGGGAGCUGGCCCGGACCUCACGAGCUGUCCAGGAAGCGGGCCUGGGGCUGAGCGCGGGCCUGCAGCUGGCCGAGAGCCGGGCCGAGGCAGCCCUGGAGAAGCAGGCGCUGCUGCAGGCCCAGUUGGAGGAGCAGCUGCGGGGCAAGGUGCUGCAGGAGGAGGGCCUGGCCCAGCUGCAGAUGCAAAGCAACCUGGACAAGGCCGACUUCAAUGCCAGAGUGACAGAGCUGGCCCUGACAGUGGAGCGCCUUCAGAACCAGAACCUGGAGAAGGAUCGGGUCAACAAGGCCCUCACUGAGAAGCUUGAGGCCCUGGAAGCCCUGCAGCUCCAGGAGCAGCCCGCCCUGGACACAGAGGAGGGCGAGGGGCUGCAGCAGACCUUGAGGGACCUGGCACAGGCCGUUCUGUCCGACAUGGAGAGCGGUGUCCAGCUAAGUGGCUCCGAGCACACCGCUGAUGCGUCAGACAGCAGUCUGCGGGGGCUCUCUGGCCCCCGGACCCCAUCCCCAUCGAGGCGCUCCUCGCCCGGCCGCGGUCGCUCCCCGCGCCGAGGCCCAUCCCCAGCCUGUUCGGACUCCUCCGUGCUCGCCCUGAUCCACUCCGCCCUGCACAAACGCCAGCUACAGGUCCAGGACAUGCGUGGGCGCUACGAGGCCAGCCAGGACCUCCUGGGCACACUGCGGAAGCAGCUUAGUGACAGCGAGGGUGAGCGCCGUGCCCUAGAGGACCAGCUGCAGCGUCUGCGGGACAAGACCGAUGGGGCCACCCAGGCCCAGGAGGAUGCCCAGCGCGAGGCCCAGCGUCUGCGGAGUGCCAUCGAUCUCCUGAACAGGGAGAAGGACAGCCUGGCCCAUAGCCUGCAGGCGGCCCAGCAGCAGGCUGAGGAGCUGCGGCAGGAGCGGGAGAAACUACAGGUGACACAGGAGGAGCUGCGGCGCCAGCGGGACCAGCUGGAGGAAGAGAAGGAGGACACAGAGCAGGAUCGUGCGCGGGCACGCAGGGAGCUCGAGCGGAGCAUUAGACAACUAGAGCAGCUGGAGGUGAAGCGCUCAGGGCUGGCGAAGGAGCUGGUGGAGGUGAGGGAGGCGCUGAGCUGUGCCACGCUGCAGCGGGACAUGUUGCAGGCUGAGAAGGCCGAGGUGGCCGAGGCGCUGACCAAGGCUGAGGCUGGCCGCAUGGACCUCGAGCUCUCGAUGACCAAGCUGAGGGCGGAGGAGGCCUCUCUUCGGGACGCCUUGUCCAAGCUGAGCGCCCUCAACGAGAGCCUCGCACAGGACAAGCUGGGCCUGAACCACCUCGUCGCCCAGCUGGAGGAGGAAAAGGCAGCCCUGCUGGGCCAGCAGCGGCGAGUGGAGCAGGAGGCCACCCUGGCGAGGGAGGAGCAGGAGCGGCUGGAACAGCUGCGGCUGGAGCAGGAGGUGGAUCGACAGGGCCUGGAGGGCUCCUUGCGGGUGGCAGAGCAGGCCCGGGAGGCCCUGGAGCACCAGGUCCCCACACUGCGCCAGGAGCGCUGCCGGCUGCAGGAGCAGCUGGCCCAGCUCUCCCGGCAGCUGAGUGGGCGGGAGCAUGAGCUGGAGCAGGCACGGCGGGAGACACAACGGCAGGUAGAGGCGCUGGAGCGGGCGACCCGGGAGAAGGAGGCGCUGGCCAAGGAGCGGGCCGGUCUGGCUGUACAGCUGGCGGCAGCUGAGCGUGAAGGCCGAACCCUAUUGGAGGAAGCCACACGCCUGCGCUUGGAGAAGGAAGCCCUGGAGAGCAGCCUGUUUGAGGUGCAGCGGCAGCUGGCCCAGCUCGAGGCCCGUCGGGAGCAGCUGGAAGCUGAUGGGCAGGCCCUGCUUCUGGCCAAGGAGGCCCUGACUGGAGAACUGGCAGGCCUCCGGCAGCAGAUGACAAUGGCAGAGGAGAAGGCGGCUCUGGACAGGGAGCUGAUGGCCCAGAAGCUGGUGCAGGCUGAACGGGAGGCCCAGGCCUCUCUGCGGGAGCAGCGGGCAGCCCACGAGGAGGACGUGCAGCGACUCCAGCGAGAGAAGGAGGCAGCAUGGCGGGAGCUGGAGGCAGAACGGGCCCAACUGCAGAGUCAGCUGCAGCGGGAGCGGGAGGAGCUGCUGGCCCGGCUGGAGGCCGAGAAGGAGGAGCUGAGCGAGGAGAUCGCUGCCCUGCAGCAGGAGCGGGACGAGGGCCUCCUCCUGGCUGAGAGUGAGAAGCAGCAGGCCCUGUCGCUAAAGGAGUCUGAGAAGACGGCGCUGACGGAGAAACUGGUGGGUACACAGCACAGCCUGACCGCCAUCUCCCUGGAGAUGGAGCGACAGAAGCGAGAUGCUCAGAGCCGGCAGGAGCAGGACCGGGGCACCAUGAACACCCUGACAUCCGAGCUGCGGGACCUGCGGGCCCAGCUUGAGGAGGCUUCCGCGGCCCAUGCUCAGGAGGUGAAGAGGCUGCAGGAGCAGGCCCGAGACCUGGGCAGGCAGCGGGAAUCCUGCGUGCGCGAGGCAGAGGAGCUUCGGACUCAGCUGCGCCUGCUGGAGGAUGCCCGUGAUGGGCUGCGGCGGGAGCUGCUGGAGGCCCAGCGCAAGGUACGAGAGAGCCAGGAUGGCCGUGAGGCCCAGCGGCAGGAGGCGGAGCGCGAGGCCCUGCGGCGGUCCAACGAGGAGCUGCGGGCUGCCGUGAAGAAGGCCGAGAGCGAGCGGAUCAGCCUGAAGCUGGCCAAUGAUGACAAGGAGCAGAAACUGGCGCUCCUCGAAGAGGCUCGGGUGGCCAUGGGCAAGGAGGCCGGGGACCUGCGGGCCGGGCUGCAGGAGGUGGAGCGCUCUCGGCUGGAGGCUCGGAGGGAGCUGCAGGAGCUCCGGCGGCAGAUGAAGAUGCUGGACAGUGAGAACGCCAGGCUGGGCAGGGAGCUGGUGGAGCUGCAGGGCCGCCUGGCACUCGGCGAGCGGGCAGAAAAGGAGGGACGAAGGGAAGCCCUGGGCCUCCGACAGAAGCUGCUGAAGGGCGAGGCCAGCCUGGAGGCCUUGCGACAGGAGCUCCAGGGAGCCCAGCGGAAGCUGCAGGAGCAAGAAGGCGAGUUCCGAGCCCGCGAGCGAGGCCUGGUAGGCAACCUGGAGGAGGCGCGCAGCGCGGAGAAGCAGCAGCUGGACCGGGACCCGGUUUGUGCUAUGGGCUCGCGUAGGCUGCUGGGCAUAGCAGGGUUGGGGGAGAUGUGUCGAGAGCCUGCAGGCACCAUCCCGGCAGGAGAGGCCAUGGCUCCUGCAUCCCUGAGCAGGUCUCCUCCUCCAGGAAGUGGGGACGGGCCCAGCAGCCCCAGCCCCUUGGAACGUAGCCCUGGAUCUGAGCCACCGUCCCCAGGACCUGCUACCUCCCCGACGUCUCCAGACCUGGACCCAGAGGCCGUGCGGGGGGCCCUCCGGGAUUUCCUGCAGGAGCUGCGGAGCACCCAGAGAGAACGGGAUGAGUUUCGGGCCCAGACCAGUGCCCUGAGUCGCCAGCUGGUGGAGAUGGAGGCCGAGAGGGACAGCGCAACCUCGAGGGCAAGGCGGCUGCAGAAGGCUGUGGCCCAGAGUGAGGAAGCUCGGCGCAGCGUGGAUGGGCGGCUGAGCGGGGCCCAGGCGGAGCUGGCGCUGCAGGAGGACAGUGUGCGACGCAGCGAGCGGGAGCGCCGGGCUGCCCUCGACCAGGUGGCCGCCCUGGAGAGGAGCCUGCAGGCCACUGAGAGUGAGCUCCGGGCCAGCCAGGAGAAGAUCAGCAAGAUGAAGGCCAAUGAGGUGAAGCUGGAGAGUGACAAGCGGCGCCUGAAGGAGGUGCUGGACGCCUCUGAGAGCCGCACCAUCAAGCUUGAGCUGCAGCGGCGCUCGCUCGAGGGGGAGCUGCAGCGCAGCCGCCUGGGCCUGAGCGACCGGGAGGCCCAGGCCCAGGCCCUCCAGGAGCGGGUGGACUCCCUGCAGAGACAGGUGGCAGACAGUGAGGUGAAGGCAGGGACCCUGCAGCUGACAGUGGAACGGCUGAACGGGGCCCUGGCCAAGGUGGAGGAGAGCGAGGGGGCCCUGCGUGACAAGGUGAAGGGCCUGUCGGAGGCCCUGGCCCAGAACAGCGCCAGCCUCAGCAGCACCCAGGACAAGAAUCUGCAACUGCAGAAGUCCCUGACGGCCUGUGAACAUGACCGCCAAGUGCUCCAGGAACGGCUGGAGGCUGCUCGGCAGGCACUAUCCGAGGCCCGGAAGCAAAGCAGCGCCCUAGCUGAGCAGGUGCAGACGAUGCGGGGCGAGAUGGCGGACCUGGAGCUGCAGCGGGCGGAGGCUGAGGGCCAGCUGCAACAGCUGCGGGAGGUGCUGCGGCAGCGGCAGGAGGCUGAGGCUGCGGCCCUGCACACGGUCCAGAAGCUGCAGGACGAGCGGCGGCGGCUGCAGGAGCGCCUGGGCAGCCUGCAGCGCGCUCUGGCUCAGCUGGAGGCUGAGAAGCGGGAGGUGGAGCGGUCAGCCCUGCGGCUGGAGAAGGACCGGGUGGCCCUCAAGAAGACACUGGACAAGGUAGAGCGGGAGAAGCUCCGCAGCCACGAGGACACAGUGCGGCUUAGUGCCGAGAAGGGCCGCCUGGACCGCACACUCACGGGGGCCGAGCUGGAGUUGGCCGAGGCCCAGAGGCAGAUUCAGCUGCUGGAGGCCCAGGUGGUGGUGCUGGAGCAGGACCAGAGCCCAGUCGAGCUGGAGGCACUGGAGGCAGAGGAGCAGCAACAGCUGGAGCUGCAGCAGGAGGUCGAGCGCCUGCGCAGUACCCAGGUGCAGACAGAACGCACCCUGGAGGCGCGGGAGCGGGCCCACCGGCAGCGGGUGCGUGGGCUGGAGGAGCAGGUGUCCACACUGAAGGGGCAUUUGCAUCAGGAGCUUCGGAGGAGCUCAGCGUCCUUCUCCCCCGCCUCUAGGCCCCCAGAGAAAUGAGCCCUUUCCCGGCCGGUACCUAGGGCAGAAGAGGGCCUCCUCUCCAGCACAACCCACUCAAGAGCCUGGGCCUGUCGGGGCCACCAGAGCUCAGAUGGGGUGAGGAUGAGCCGAGGUGGCAGUUCUGGGAGGUGGGGGACUCCAGUGCAGGCCCGACCCAGCAGUGGCUUCUCAGCAUCAUCAGAGUCACGUGCCGUCUAUGGGCCCCCCUCAGCCCAGCCCCUCCCCGGGUGAGCCACUCCACACUCUACAAGGUCCUCGCUGAGGGGCUGAGCCAAAGCCAGGGCCAGGGUGGCCGGCCCUGAAGCAGGCCCCUGGAGCGUGGGCUCAUGGGAAGCAGGAGGGGUGCCCAGGCCUAGGGCAGGGGUCAGAGACCCAGGCCCUGCCCUGGCUUCCCAGGGGUCUCUCUGCCUUAGUGCAGAGUGUUUGUCAGGAAAUCCCUUAGAGUUCAGAGUCCCUGUAUUUUUGUACCUUUUUAUAAUGUUAACUGUUCAGAACUGUUUGUUUUUUUACAAGACCCUGUUUUC